AUGGCGCCUUCGGGAGAGUCUCGCGGCCGCGGCGGCCGAGCGGGCACGGCGCUGGCCCUGGUGCUCAUGGUGGCCGUGGCCGAGGUGCGGGCGGCGGCGCUGGCCUCCUACGACCAGCGCACCUCCGACAGGAUUCGCGGCGGUUACGACGGCGACAGCCUCUUCGACAGCCCGCACCAGGACCACUACCACCACCACGUCUACGAGGUCGUUAGAAAGCCCCUCGGCCUCGACGCCGGCCUCCUCCCGGGCCUCGCGGGGCUCGGGGGACUCGCGGGCCUCGGCGGCCUCGGGGGACUCGGCCUCGGACUGAAGGGCCUCGGGCUCACCGGAGUCUCGGGCGCCGGCGGCCUCGGCGGCCUCGGGGGACUCGGCCUCGGACUGAAGGGCCUCGGGCUCACCGGAGUCUCGGGCGCCGGCGGCCUCCCGCUGCUCGGACUGGGCGGCCUGGGCGGCCUGGGCGGACUGGGCGGCCUGGGCUUGGGGCUCGGCCUCGGAGGCCUCGGAGGACUCGGCCUGGGACUCACCGGCCUCGCCCACCUCGCCAAGCUGCAUGCCCUCGGGGUCGGCCUCGGCGGCCUCGGGUACAGCUCGCUCUACGGGGCCGCCACGCCCUACGGCAUCAGUCCCAUCGCGAGGUCCUCCUCCUACAACCUCGGGGACUCCAAGGCGACUUCGGGCUGGUGA